AACCUGCUUGGGUCGUGUUCAGUAGUGUGGAAGCAUUGUUUUCUUGCUUUUUGCAAUAAUUCUUGCUGCUGCUCGCUCUUUAGGUCCACACUGGUUUUAUGAGUUGUAACAGUCACUGACAAGGUCUGUAGCCUCACUCCUGAGGCCAGUGAGAUCACGAACCCGCCAGAAGAAAUGGACAACUCUGGACGCACUGCCUUAAGAGCUGUAACAAUCACUGCAAAGGUCUGCAGCUUGACUCCUAAAGCCAGCGAGACCACGAACCCACCAGAAGAAAGAAACUCCGAACACGUCAAACAUCAAAAGGAACAAAUUCCAGACAUACCAUUUUUAAGAACUGUAGCAGUCACCGCGAAGGUCCGUGGCUUCAUUCUUGAAGUUAGUGAGAUCAAGAACCCACCAAUUCCGGACACAGUAUGAUCUUUUUCUUGGAUGAGCAGAGGCUGUAGAAGUGUGGACCACUCUGCUACAUGCCAGUUCAGGGCAUGAGUGAGAUGCCACAUUUCCAGCAUCCCAGUGUGAAGGUGAACAAAUGCCGCAAGUGACGUGAGGCCAAGAUAAGUUGACAUUUCACAGGCAACGCUAAGAAAUUAAGUGGGACAAGGCUGGAAUGGUUAGGGGCAAGGUGUGAAGCCUAAACAGGGAGAAGAAACAGGAGAACCCUGAAGAAGGGGGCCGGCACAGCAGGCACAGAAGUAGAGCAAAGAGCCCUGAAGCUUCCAGCGGGCACUGGCAGGGGCUUCUGUCUAUCCCCACACUGGGACCUUCAGGCUGCCACUAAACUGUACUUUAAAAAAUGGUUAAAAUGGGCUGGGCAUGGUGGCUCACACCUGUAACCCCAGCACUUUGGGAGGCCGAGGUGGGCCGAUCACUUGAGUUCAGGAGUUCGAGACCAGCCUGGCCAACAUGGUGAAACCCUGCCUCUACUAAAAAUACAAAAAUUAGCUGGGCAUGGUGGUAGACAUCUGUAAUUCCGGCUGCUCUGGAGGCUGAGACAGGAGAACCGCUUGAACCUGGGGCGGAGGUUGCAGUGAGCUGAGAUAGUGCCACUGUACUCCAGCCUGGGCGACAGAGCAAGACUCUGUUCCCUCCCCCCCAAAAAAAAUGCAUUUUGCAAUGUGAACCUUAAAAGGCUCUGAAUGUUCACAUUCCAUUUUCAGAGUUCAAAUGGUCAAGAAAACCUCAUAAAAACAAAAACUCCAAUUAAAUAUUUGCUGGGAACUACUGGCCAGUUUUUCUUUCUUCUGAUUUGGGUCAUACCACAACCCUCAUGCAACUAGCUGGAGUAACCAUUGUCCGUAGCCUAAAUCACUCUGAGCUUUCCAGAGUCGCAAUCAGGUGGCUUUUGGGCACAACGCUAGGCACUGCCUGUUUCUGGUAGUUCUAAGGUGGAUGUUUUGGCAAGUGUGAUGAUUUGCCUCCACAUUUCAGCUGAGACUGUUGCCGCAGGGGUCUUUGUUCAGCAUGACUUUCAGCUGGCAUCACACCACACUCUCAAGUUACCCGUUCAUACAUAUUUAAGCUCUGAGCUAGGUUCUAGGGAUUAUAGGUCAGAGUUCCUGCCUUCAAAGAGCUCAUGAUCUAGGUAUUUUUAAAAAAUCAAUAACUUCGUAAUUGUGCAGACAUGUAAUCACUCAUGUAAUCACCAGAAAGCCAAUUAGAAAUCUCCAUGUAUAUACGUCUUUAUAUGAUGCUUAUGUGCCAAGUAUUGUAAGAGUUUUGCACAUAUUUAGUAAUUUAACCCCCAUAAAAAUCCCAUGGGGUAGAUACUCUUAGGCGCUCCAUUUUACAGCUAAGGAAACAGGCACAAAAAGGUUAACUAACUUAUGUAAGACCAUAUGGCUUGUAUGAAGGCACACUAGGCAGUCUGGCUCCAAGGUUUGGUCAUUAAGUACCACACUAAGAGGCCUCUCAUUCAGCUUUUGGAGUAACAAUGAACAUUACAGGCAACCAAAAUCCUAAAUGUGAAUUAAUUGACAGGAUUUUAGGCCAAGUACAAACAGCUGUAUUCAUAAAUAUUAUCUUGUGGGAGGAGGGAAGGGGAACUGGCUAAUUUGUUUUGUGGUUAAAGGACUAAGUAAAUUUUGUUUUAUUAUACCGCAAGAAAUUAGUCCUGGUAUUUCUAGUUUGUAGAAGAGACAAUUUGUACUUGUCACUGCUGAUACCCUUGUUUAGGUUAAUUAGGCGCAACAAUUUUAAGUCAUUUAUUUUGUAUGAGUAACGUGGCUCUAUACACGCAAGCGAUGGUUUAUGGUUGUAGAAAACUACCCCUCAAUGUCAAAGAUCUGAUUUAGAUAAAAGGGAUUAUUUUCUAAACAUGCAGUAGAGUUUGGGAACAUUUUUAUUAUCUUCUGUGAAUCAUGCAUUGAAGAAUGGUUGGGUGGUUGAGGGUUCAGACUUAGGUUCAAACUAUGCACUAGCACUUCCUGAACCUCAGUUUCCUGGUCUGUAAAUUGGAGAUAAUAACAGUGCCUACCUCAUGGGCAAGUGAGGAUUAAAUGAAGCAAUGCAUGUAAAAGCCAUAUAUCAAAGCAUGUAGCUGGAUGCCAGCUGUCAGUAAAUGCUUGGCAUUAAGUUAACUGUUGUUGCUGGGAUAAAGAAUCUCACUGGAGUGGCCAAAGACCUGUGUUCUGUGAGACUAGGCGAAGGGAGGAAAGCGAUCCAAUUACUUGUGGACAUUGCCCUCAGGCUACUGAAGCCACACAAGAUUCCAGGCUGUUUCUCACAUCUUUUUUUAGUUAUGGAACUUCUCUUUCAAAAGAUACCAAAACAUUUCCCAUGCAGUCAGUUUGUCUCUGGAACUGUGUAUAUUGGAGAAAAAGGAAGCGCUCAACAGGAUUUUCAUUUUCUUCCUUUUUCUUCUGGAAAAGGCCCAUCUGACCGGCAGAGUGCGGGGGAGAACAACAAGGUGAGCGCCUUUUCAUUUUUGGGCUGUUUAUUCUACUGUAAACUACUCACCAUAUUUUUUCCUUUGGAUAAAUCAUUCUAUAAGAGGACAGUUUUGUCAAUAAUGCACAUAUUCGCGCUCCCAAAGUAAACUGUGAGUUCUCAGUAAGUGUAACCCCGUUCUGCUGACCCAGCGGGGGAAGAAAGAUUAGAAAAUCUCCCCAGUCAAGUGAACAGGCCCUGGGCCGACAGCUGCAUCUGGACUCCAGGCUCGCCCACCCCGUCAGUAACAGAGCAGCAUCGUGCAGCAACCUGCCCGCGGGGGGAAACCGCACUGGCUCCUCGCCCUCAUCAGCCGGCCCUCCGCGAUUGUGUUUCCCAAUCAACGGGCCUUCGAUGAAAAGUGCCAAGGAGAUCGCCGGAUCCGCCCAAGUGGAAUUCCCAAGAUGUUUCCCGGGGAGCAGCCUCAGGAACGCGCCUGGACCCCAGGAGUAGCUUCCCGCCCCGCUGCGGAGCCUCGGACGCGUGCGGAGGCCCCGCCCCUCUAGGGCCCGCUCCUCCCCUCCCCGGCCUCUGAUUGGCUGCCCGGCGCGUCAGUCGGUACCCAUCCCCGCCCUACGCCUCCCCCGCCCUCCCCAGCCCGCCUCAGGGAAGCGAGCCCGGGCGCCGGCGGGCGGCCGUCGCGUCUGACAGACCACUGCAGACCACGGGCCGAGGCCCAGCGCCCGUCCGCAGCGCGGCGGGCAUGGCGGCGCCAAGGAGCCCCACGCGGGCAAGGGAGCGGGAGCGGUCUGGCGCUCCCGCCGCAGGAAGUGACCAAGUUCACUCCUGGAUGCUAGCUACAAGCCAAGCCUUAGACACUGUCUGGAGAAUGGCAAAAGGCUUUGUGAUGUUGGCAGUUUCAUUUCUGGUGGCUGCCAUCUGCUACUUCCGGAGGCUACAUUUAUAUUCAGGGCACAAGCUGAAAUGGUGGAUUGGAUAUCUGCAGAGAAAAUUCAAAAGGAACCUCAGUGUGGAGGCAGAGGUUGAUUUACUCAGUUAUUGUGCAAGAGAAUGGAAAGGAGAGACACCCCGUAACAAGCUGAUGAGGAAGGCUUAUGAGGAGCUAUUUUGGCGGCAUCACAUUAAAUGUGUUCGACAAGUAAGGAGAGAUAACUAUGAUGCUCUCAGAUCAGUGUUAUUUCAGAUAUUCAGCCAGGGUAUCUCUUUUCCAUCAUGGAUGAAAGAAAAGGACAUUGUUAAGCUUCCUGAAAAACUGCUGUUUUCACAAGGUUGUAAUUGGAUUCAGCAAUACAGUUUUGGUCCUGAGAAGUAUACAGGCUCGAAUGUGUUUGGAAAACUACGGAAAUAUGUGGAAUUAUUGAAAACACAGUGGACUGAAUUUAAUGGAAUUAGAGAUUAUCACAAGAGAGGAAGUAUGUGCAACACCCUUUUUUCAGAUGCCAUUCUGGAAUAUAAACUUUAUGAAGCUUUAAAGUUCAUCAUGCUGUAUCAAGUCACUGAAGUUUAUGAACAAAUGAAGACUAAAAAGGUCAUUCCCAGUCUUUUUAGACUCCUGUUUUCCAGGGAGACAUCCUCUGAUCCUUUGAGCUUCAUGAUGAAUCACCUGAAUUCUGUAGGCGACACAUGUGGACUAGAGCAGAUUGAUAUGUUUAUACUUGGAUACUCCCUUGAAGUAAAGAUAAAAGUGUUCAGACUGUUCAAGUUUAACUCCAGAGACUUUGAAGUCUGCUACCCAGAGGAGCCUCUCAGGGACUGGCCGGAGAUCUCCCUGCUGACCGAGAACGACCGCCACUACCACAUUCCAGUCUUUUAAGUCCGCUGGGGGCCGGACAGCAGUGCUUACUGGUGACGGUGGUCACAGUUGCAAUAAAGUCUCUCUCUGAAACCAGAGCUAGCAUUUCAGCAUGGAAGGAAUUAGGACCUUUUCUUCAGGAUUACAGGUACACUGGAUGCAGCCAUGCAUGGAUGGUUUUUCUUUAUUUUUCAGUGAUUUCCUCUGAAGCAGCUGCACUGAUACAUUUGGGAGUUGGUGGCUUGACUUUGUCCAUAAGGGGCGUGGCCACUUCACAUGAUGGCGGGCCUUUAAGAGCACAAAGAAGUUUAAUAUGGACAACAACAGGAAAAAGCAAGAAGAAAACAAGUAGGGAAAAACAGCUAACCUGGAGAGAAAGAAUUUCUUUAACCUUUAUGUUCUUCAUUAAAAAUCUUAUCUUGGACUGAUUUGGGGGAUUUUUAGAAACAUGGCCUUAUUUUAUAUAAGUAUUACCUUCCCAGGAAUCUUUGUUGUAUAUUAAUUUUUGAUAACCAUUUGAUUAACUUUAAAAUUAAGUAUAUGUAUGUAUAUAUACAUAUGUAUGUUUAUAUACACACAUGUAUCUGUGUAUAGUUUUAUAUAUACAUAUAUACACAUAGACAUACAGAGAACCACUACUUUGUAAUACUGUACAGUUUGUUUUAUAUCUCUUUACUUUUUUUGUUACUAUUUUAUCUGGCCAGCUUAAUAGUUUUAUUUAGAUUUUUAAAAAUUCUGUAGAUUAAAGCAAAUGACAGUUAUUGAACUAUCACAAAAAUAUUAAACUGUGGUACAUUUAAUGUGUAUUUAAUGUGUGGAAUCUCAUUAUGGUAGGCAGAAUAAUGCCCUAUGCUCCCCAAAGAUGUCUGUGUCUGAAUCCUCAGAGCCGUAAAGGGCUAAAUGGGUUAAAUGGGAAAGGAGAAUUAAGGUUGCAGGUGGAACUGAGAUGCUAAUCCACUGAUGCUGAAAUAGGGAGAUUUUUCUGGAUUCUCCAGGUGGACGCAGUGUAAUCAGAAUGGUUCUUAAAAGUGGAAGAGGGAAUUGGAAGACUGUCAGAGUCAGAGGGGAAUGUGAAAUAUGGAAGAACGGUUAGAGAGAGAUGCACCAUUGCUGGCUUUGAAGAUGGAGGAAGGGGCCAUAAGCCAGGGAGUUGUAGGCAGCCUGUAGAAUUGAGACUGGAAAGGAAACAGAAACUUCCCCAUAGCCUCCAGAAGGAACACAGCCCUGCCAACACCUUGAUUUUAGCCCAGUGAAGCCUGUGUUGGACCUCUAAUCUGCAGAACUGUAAGAUAAUAGAUUUGUGUUUAAGCCACUAAGUUUGUGGUAAUGUAUUGUAGCAACAUAAAACUAGUAUUCUCAGGCUAGUUUUUGGUCGUCUUUAUUUUGGAAAUACUUUUCUAGUUUAAUUUGAUAGUUUUUUUUUUGGAGGUACUUUGCUAGUCUGUUUUGAGUUUCAGUACAUAAGAAUAAUUUUUAAAAUCUUGCUAAUUAUAUAUUACUUCAAAGUCACAAAUCCCUUUCUAAGAAUGACUUACUUCACGAGAUAUUUAGCACUAACAUUUUCGCAGAUGUUCAUAUUAUUUCUGCAAUAAAUUAAAAGGGAGUGUGUCAAAUGCUGUCAUGUCUGAAAUUAACAUUCAUAUUCUUUUGCAAUGGGGAUGAUCAGUCAUGUGUACUACAUGAACCAUGUCUGAUGGUAGCUUGUUCCCGCUGUCAUUUUGUUUUCUGGUUGAAGAUUAAUGAGCUCAGCCACACAAACAAGAGUUCUUCAUUGACCUCUACAGUCCCUGCCUGUUUGGAAACAUCUAUGGUUUUGUAUAACCCCUGUCAUUUAACUGACAGUGUUAGAAGAUAUCCCCCUGAUGUGUUACUGUAACCAAGAAAGCAUGAACGUUACCCUUUCUGGUGACAGCCUGCCAUGGGCUGCUGUGGCUGAUACUUAUAGAAUUGUUGCUCCAAAAUUUUGGCUCCACUUGAGCUGUCCAGAAGUGUACCUGACAUUUGUGUAUUACCACUCACCUUGGAUCUCCUUACCAAUGUAAUUAUUUCCACAUCAAUCCAGGACUGAAAGGAAAAAUUUUUUCACCAGGAUUGGCAGCCUGUAGCUCUGUGACCUCAGUCAACCCAUCAUGUUGUGUUGUGGGCGGGGGGCAAGAAUUCUUUAGAGAACCAAGUUGCGAAAAAGAUUUCAGUCCAGUGAAAGUAAAAAGUAAGAAGACAUUUAGAUAGUUGCUAUAUUUUGGGAAGAUGUCAAAACAGGUUUUUAGGGAGGAGGUAUGAGGUGUUGUGUUGUUUUGUUUGUUUUUAUUCAGUUGUAUAAUGAAUAUAACAAAUUAAGUAGCCAGAAGGAGCUGCAUAUAAAUUAGCACCACUUUUAAAUGUCAACAAUAAAUUUGAGGUGAGCUUCCUGUGUGAUGCCAACAUUUAAAUGUCUUUCUAACCGUAUAUGUUUUAAAUGGUGAGAGAACUGUAGC